UCAGUGUCCUCUGUUGUCCAGGUGUCUGAAGAUGUCGUCUGAACUCGUGGAGCCUCCUGCAGGAGAUCACCUGUGGGGGGGAGGAGAGGAGGGGGCUCAGAGGAGGGAGGUGGGCUGUCAGUGGGAGAGUCCAGAGGAGGAGCUUAGGAGGGAGGUGGGCUGUCAGAGCGAAUCAGCUGAGAGGAGGGACGCUGCUGUGCAGGUGGAUCUGCUGACUCAGCAGCUCAGCUGGAGACACACAGGCUCGUCUCAGAUGCUGCUUGAGUGUUUUGCAGUCAGACCCGAUGGACCAGACGGGGGCGCUCUCUUGCAGCACUGCAACCCCAACCGGACCAGAACCAGGACCAUCCAACCGGCCGUCAAACUGUCCCCUGAACUCACCUCGACCCGGUCCAGGUCCCAGAAGAGACCGCCCCCAAACACCACCGCCAAGAGGAGACGGGCUCAACGAGGCCGCCGCCGCAGACGCCACGUGUCACCUGACCCUGACCUCCAGGAAGAGGAGGAGGAGGAGGAGGGGGAGGAAGAGGAGAGGGACACAGGUGAUCCCACCUGGUCUCCACCUGAGAGAGACCUCAUCGCUCCCCAGUCUCCCGCCGUCCAGCUGGACUCAGACUCCCAGCAUGCACCUCUCCUCGGGGUGAAGCUGGAGCCCAACAGCAUCGUGUGCGAUGUUUGUGGGAAAGUGAUGAAGAACAAGUCGAGCCUGGCGCGUCACGCCUUCAUCCACACGGGGAACAAACCGUUCGCCUGCCACUUGUGCGAGAUGCGAUUUAACCGCCGCGACAACUUGCAGCACCACCUGAGCAGGCUCCACCCCAACGGUGUCGCCAAGCUGGAGAAGCAGCGUGACGUGCAGGCGUGGCUCUGCGCCGUCUGCGGCAAAACCUUCAACUGCAGGUCGAGACUGAAAACACACGAGGUCAUCCACUCGGGGGUCAAACCGCACCGCUGCGACCUCUGCCCCAAAACCUACAUGAGGACCAACGACCUCGAGCACCACAAGAAGGUCGUCCACGUGGACGGCGGCGCCGAGGCUCAGCGGCCGCGCUCGCUGCUCUGUGACCUCUGCGGGAAAGAGUUCAAAUGUAGGUCACAGCUGGCGCUCCACUUCCUGUCUCACACCGGAGAGAGGCCACACCUCUGUGACAUCUGCGGGCGCAAGUUCAGCCGUCAGUACCAGCUCAAACGCCACGACAUCCUGGUGCACGCCAACAGAGUGGGCGGUGAGGAGAACGUGGCGCCCGACGCGCCGUUUGCAUGUGACGUAUGCGGGAAGCGUUUGAAAUCGGAGGCGCUGCUUUCCGCUCACGCUCGCAUCCACUCCGGAGACAAACCGCACCGCUGCGGCGUCUGUCUGCGCAGCUUCCAGCGCGCCACCUGCCUGAAGCAGCACCACGUACGGGUUCACCUGAGGGCCAAGCAGGGGCAGCGCGUGGCGGGCCGCAGGAAGAGCUCGACCAUGCUGAAGGAGUUCCCGUGUCCCGUCUGCGCCAAAGUCUUCAAGUUCAGAUCUCUGCUGGCGAGUCACUCGCUCGUCCACAGCGAGGAGCGACCGUACGCCUGCGACUUCUGCAGCCGCAGCUUCAGACGCCACAGCCACCUGAAGAGGCACCGCCACGUCGUGCACGCCAACGGAGCGCGCCCGCCACAGAGCUUCGUGUGCCACAUCUGCGGGAAGGACAAGAAGUGCCGCUCGCAGCUCGCCAGACACGUCAUCAUCCACACGGGCGAGCGGCCGUACACCUGCGACCUCUGCCCCGCUCGCUUCAACCGCAGCGGGAACCUGCAGCAGCACAGGAAACGCAUGCAUGGCGUGGGGGCGGAGCCUGCAGAGGAAGCCCCACCCAUCCUGUUUGAUGACGACAUGACACCUGCACUGACCUACAAACAGGAAGAGACGGUGGUCGCCGUGGACGCUGAAGUCUGUGACGAGACGAGUCUGCAGCUUGUCAACACCUGAACAAUAACAAACAAACAAACAAAUACACUUCCUGUUUGAACUCUGAAC